AUGAAGCCCCAAGCACACCUGGAUGGAGAUGCAGUGAUUUCUGGGUUUUUCCCUCUCUACACUUUGGGCGCAGAUCGCAGUAACAGUGAUUUUUCUGGGCAUGAAGAGACCAAGCCAUUUGUCUUCAAGAGCUACCAGUUUGUAUUGGCCUUGGCUUUUGCUAUUGAAGAGAUCAACAAAAACCCUGAUCUUUUAUAUAACUGGACUCUGGGAUUUGAAACCUAUGAUAUUGAAUCUGGAGCUUGGACAACAUUUAAAAAUCCCUUCAUUUGCCUCUUUGGAAAGUAUGAGAUUCCAAACUACAGCUGUAAGAAUGGCAGCAAGGCUAUAGCAGUACUUACAGGACCAUCAGGAAUAAUAUCUGCAAAGAUUGGGACAAUGCUGGAACUCUACAAGUUUCCACAACUUACAUUUGGACCAUUUCAGCAUGACCUGAGUGACCAUAACAAGUUUCCUGCUCUCUAUCAGAUGGCCUCAAAGGACACAUCAAUGGCCACUGCCAUGGUCUCCUUGCUGCUUCACUUCAGAUGGAACUGGGUGGGACUGUUAACCUUGCAAAAUGAGGAAGGCUUGUGGAUUCUUCCUGAAUUGAAAGCAGAGAUAACCAAGAAUAGAAUUUGUGUGGCCUUUGAUAUAGCAAUCCCAAACCAGGCCGUGUCAUAUGUAUUCAAAAUCAUGGCACUUUAUAAUCAGAUUAAUAAAUCCUCAGCAAAUGUUCUCAUCAUAUAUGGUGAUAAUGAAUCACUAGUACACUUAAUUAUGUGCAUUGAGCAAUAUUUAAUAAAAGGCAAAGUUUUUAUCAUGAAUUCACAGUGGGAUUUAACCAUGAAAAGGAAAUAUUUCAUGCUUGGUUCAUUACAUGUUCCUCUCAUUUUUUCAUACCAUCGUCCAGAUGUUUCUGGAUUCACAAAUUUUGUCAAGGCAGUUAACCCUUCCAAAUACCCAGAAGAUUAUUUCCUUGCUCGGGUGUGGUUUCUUUCUUUUAAUUGCUCAGAUUCUGAGUCUGACUGUGUAACAUGGGAGAACUGUCCUCAUGAUGCCUCCUUGGAUUGGUUGGCUAGGCAAGCUUUUGACAUAGCUAUGUCUGCAGACAGUUACAACAUAUACAAUGCUGUGUAUGCUGUGGCCCAGGCUUUCCAUAAGAUGAUUCUUCUUCAAGCAGAAAUACAAACAAUGGGAAAUAGAAAGGGGACAGUGCCUUCCCCUGCACAGCUGCACCGUUUUCUGAAGCACAUCCAAUUUCAUAAUCCUGCUGGAGAUGAAGUGAUUUGUGGUGAAGAAAGGAAAUUGGAAGCAGACUAUGACAUUGUGAACAUAUGGAAUUUUCCAGAAGGUCUUCAACUUGAGGUGAAAGUCGGAAAGUUUUCUUCAUGUACUCUUCAUGGACAUCAACUCUCUCUAUUUGAAGAUACGGUACAGUGGGCCAUAGAAUCUACAGAGCCUCCUCACUCUGUCUGCAGUGAGAGUUGUGGUCCUGGAUUCAGGAAAUCCCCACAGGAGGAACAGGCUGCCUGUUGUUUUGACUGCAUCCCUUGCCCAGAGAAUGAGAUGGCUAAUGGGACAGAUAUGGAGCAGUGUGUGAAGUGUCCAGAUGAUCAGUAUGCCAACACAGGGGGAAACCAGUGCCUCCCAAGAGCUGCAAGUUUCCUGGCUUAUGGAGAACCCUUGGGGAUGGCCUUGGCCUGCAUGGCUCUUGGUUUAUCUAUACUCACAGCACUUGUUCUUGGGGUCUUUGUGAAACAUCAGAACACCCCCAUUGUCAAGGCUAAUAACCAGGCUCUCAGCUACAUUCUGCUCAUCUCCCUCAUCUUCUGUUUCCUCUGUUCCUUGCUCUUUAUUGGCAGACCUAACACAGUCACAUGCAUUCUACAGCAAACCACAUUUGGAGUUGCAUUCACUAUGGCUGUUUCCACUGUCUUGGCCAAAACUGUAACUGUGGUUUUGGCCUUCAAGGUCACUUCUCCAGGGGGAAGAAUGAGGUGGCUGCUGGUAUCAGGGGCUCCUAACUUCAUCAUUCCCAUCUGCAUCCUGAUCCAGGUGACUCUCUGUGGACUCUGGCUGGGAGCCUCUCCUCCCUUCAUUGACACAGAUGCCCACUCUGAACAUGGCCACAUCAUCAUCCUGUGUAACAAGGGCUCCUUCACUUCUUUCUACUGUGUCUUGGGAUACCUGGGCUCCCUGGCCCUGGCCAGCUUCACUGUAGCUUUCCUGGCCAGGAACCUGCCUGACACCUUCAAUGAAGCCAAGUUCCUGACCUUCAGCAUGCUGGUGUUCUGCAGUGUGUGGCUCACUUUCUUGCCUGUCUACCACAGUGCCAAGGGGAAGCUCAUGGUUGCUAUAGAGGUCUUCUCCAUCUUGACCUCCAGUGCAGGACUCCUAGGCUGCAUCUUUGCCCCCAAGUGCUAUAUCAUCUUGUUAAGGCCAGAUAGAAAUGUUCAGCAUGCCCUCCGGAAUAAAAUGCACAGUGGGAAGAAUAAUCCCUCUUAA